AUGUCCAAAAAGCAGAGGGACAGCUUGUACGCCGAGGUACAGAAGCAUCAACAGCGACUGCAGGAGCAACGGCAGCAGCAAAGUGGCGAGGCUGAAGCCUUGGCCCGAGUCUACAGCAACAGCAUCACCAAUGGCUUGAGCAACCUAAACAAUGAAACUGGUGGCACUUAUUCAAACGGGCACGUCAUUGACCUGCCAAAGUCCGAAGGCUAUUACAAUGUGGAUUCUGCCCAGCCCUCCCCAGAUCAGUCUGGCUUAGACAUGACUGGAAUCAAACAGAUCAAGCAGGAACCUAUCUAUGACCUCACUUCAGUACCAAACUUGUUUACCUAUAGCUCUUGCAACAAUGGGCAAUUAGCUCCUGGGAUAACCGUGGCAGAAAUAGGUAAGAAAAGUCUAUCUUUAACUUCUCAUAAUGACUCUGUGUGCUUGUAUUUCUAACCGUGCAGUUUCCUUUGGAAUGGAUUGGUCCUGAGGCAUAUGUAUGACUGGGUUUGUUGUGGAUUCAGUUAACAGAAUUCUAAAAUGUUUACAUUGCGUAAAUGUAGCAAUUCAUGAUCUGUUUAUGAAGCUGAAACACCAGAGCCACUGAUGAAUCAAUCAAGUGAUAAUUACUAAAUAGGGAGCUUGUAUCAAACGAGCUCAUUAUCAGGAGGGCUUUAAUGAUCUUUUUGACAACUAUACACAUUCUUGUCAACAAAGAGCUCUGAAGGUGGAUCAUUAAUAGAACUCACUCUUAAAUUAAUUACAAUGCACAACAUCAUUGUUUGAUCUUGCACUGAACACUCUGGAUUUAUACCAGUAAAACUGCAUUCCGGAUCUCGAAUAGAUGGGUUCAUACUGUCUUUGUAAACUCUUUGGAAGAUGUGGUUUCAUGUGUUGGGGUAUCAUUUAUCCAACUUUGAUGGUGAUGAUUGAUAACCUUGUUGUUAGGUGUCUUGCAUAGCAAGAAAAGUGAUGUUUUCCUGGUGAGCAAUGUUUGGUUCAUACCCAUAAGAAGUGUUUUAAUUACAGAAACCAACCAGUUGUUUACCUUGCUUUCAGGUGAUACAUAUUGUACUGAUAUCUAUGGCAGAGUUUCUCUUGUAUUUUUUAAACUUAUCCUCCCUUAAAGUCCCUUUAAUUUAAGGGUAAUGCAUACAAACCAGCGGCCACAGAAGAGCUGCUUGAACUUGCUGUUCAUUGAAAUGUCCAAGACACCAAGGCAACAGCUGAAAUAUUUAGUUCUUCAGCACCUUUCCUUAAAAGGCUGAAAGCAGUGUACAUAUAAUUAAAUAUAUAUAUUAAAAAUGUACAUAUAUUAAAAGGCAAAAAGAACCUAAAUAUUCCACUCCCAAAAGUGCUAAGAAACUGAAGGAAUGAGAAGCCUUGACCUGGCCAUAGAAGUUGUAUAAAGGUGCUGUCAGGCAAGUCCACCAGGGAAGAAAGACUGUUCAACCAGUAUGGAUUGCCACAGACAAAACCAUGCAGUGCGCAACCAUGGAAAGGGGGAUUUAAUUAGUUUGAACUUUAAAAUAUAAUACAUUGAGGGAAGAGGUAGACCAUGUUUUAUGGGCUGUGGCAUUGGUGAUGAAGCCCAUGAACCAGCUUCUUCCCUUUAGAGGGAGAUAAAAGGGGUAGAAAGCACUGGAAAUGAAUUCAGGUUUGGUUUAGCCAGUCCUUCUGUGGAUCUCGUGUCUUUCCUGUUCCCUAGAAGUUGGCAGUGCAGUCCAGUUUCUGAGCUCUUUCCUACAGAGAUAAGGGUCAGUAAGGUACUAAGAAGGGAUGUGGGUGGUGCUGUGGGUUAAACCACAGAGCCUAGGACUUGCCAAUCAGAAGGUCGGUGGUUCAAAUCCCCAUGAUGGGGUGAGCUCCCAUUGCUCGGCCCCUGCUCCUGCCAACCUAGCAGUUCGAAAGCACGUCAAAGUGCAAGUAGAUAAAUAGGUAAACAGCGUUUCCAUGCACUGCUCUGGUUCGCCAGAAGCUGGCCACAUGACCCGGAAGCUGUACGCCAGCUCCCUCGGCCAGUAAAGUGAGAUGAGCGCCGCAACCCGAGAGUCGGCCACGACUGGACCUAAUGGUCAGGGGUCCCUUUACCUUUAAGGUACUAAGAAGACAGUGAUUUCCAUGUUGACCUGUGUUUGUUGCAAUCAGUGCUGUUUCUGUCAUGCUGCAGUUCACUUUCUGCCAAAUACUAAGUUAUUAAUCUCCCUGUCCAUUAUUUAAUGUAACAACUAUUUAUGUAACUUAUGUAACUCACCUUUAUUUCAACAGGAAACUGAAACAAUGUAAAAAAUAAUUGCCUAUUUCAUUCACUUGACUAAUUUGCAUUCCUGACCACAGACAAACAUUCAAACUGAAGCAAUGUCUGCUUCCUUUUCCACUUUCAUCCAUAUUAUCCAACACCCCUAGAAGGAGGUACAGAAGCUAAAGAUUAAUUAUUCACUCAGAUGUAUCCCUGUUCUCCUUUGCAUCUGGUAAGACUUCCAGGUCAUCAGGCAUGUCUUCUAAACAACCUCCUCUGUAGCUCCCUUCCUAGAAAUUGACCAUGAACAGGAGAGGUUGCCACCAUUUUUCUGUCUUUGCUUUUGUGCCUUUAACAGCAGCCUGGUAUGCAGAAAUUUAAGCAAGACAUUGCCUGGUAUGAAGAUAAAUAAAAAUGUACAAAUAAAAAUAUGGUAUCAAUUGGAGGGAGCCCCCCUGGAAAUGGCAGGCUUGGUCCUAAUCCAACCAAAACAUGUAAUAAUUGCAACAUUUUAAAAAUGGAAAUGUGAUAUUAAAAUCCGUUUGAGCUAGUUGCAUUAGUGAUAAACAGAGUAUGAGUCAGUGAUUGGGAGGGGGUGGAGAGUACAAUAGCUACCCUGUUAGGUCCCAGGCCAUCCCAUGAGAAAGCAUGAUUGAGGGUUGAAAAGGUUCUAACCACAUUUUCCAGAUUGGGAUCAUAGCGCUUAGCUCCUUGCAAAACUGAACAAUGCUUCCUUUUGCUUUAAAGCUGCAUAAAAGCCUUGAAUGCUCAGCACUCUAUGCAGAUUACUUGUGCUGCCUUUAAAGCAAGUCUGCCAAUCCAAGCUUGUUCUAGUAUUGCCAGGUCCUGAGCAAAUGGGGAAUCCUGUGCCUUGGCUUGACAAAGGAAAGGUUAGCAGGUGUGCUGCUAAAAAGCUGCACCCCAUAGAUGCCAAGUUACUCCUUGCUCUGUUGUCCUUAAAACCUCACAGGGACUCUUUUAGAACAGGAGUUGGAAAUCCUAGUGUGAGUUUUACACAACACAAUUUGUUUUCCAAAGACACCACACAUUCAUCUAAGUGGAAAAGUUCCCCAGAUGUAUUAAACAGGGCUCAGGGUGGCAUAUACUUCUAUACUGAAACAUACCUUGUCUUUGUUUUCAUUGAAACACCCCAAUUUCUUAUGCUGAUUUGAAAUGGUAUGGAAACUUUUUUCCUACAAGGAAGCUUGAGAAUUUUUGCUGAAAGUCUAUAUUAGAGAUCCCUAGCGUGUUCCCAGGGCUGAAUGCCCUGUGGGGGUUUAAGCCAGUUUAUGCUUGCAGUUUAGAGGUGCUUGUUGGGUGCUAUGUAAAUGUCACUGCUUCGGCCUCUGCUGAAUUUACCCAAGGCAGUAGCUCGUCCCGUGUUUGAAUGUGUUUACUAGACAUUGAUCAAUUAGCUACAGAAUACACCCCCUUUUAUGCAAUUUCUUUCAACCCAGAUUUCUUCAUUGCACACAAACUGAUUCAUCUAGGGACUCCUUGUGCUACUGUUCCUUUUAUCUUUCUUCCCCACAACUACUUUUUAAGAUCCCACAUAGAAAAUCAUUUUUAAUUACUCUACUCUUCCUUUAAAGAUCCUGUGUAUGCAUCUCAACUAUAUUUAUAUGGAUCAAUAUUGCCAUCUAGUGAGUAAUUUAACUACUACUAUAGCAAGAGCCUAGGCAGAUGCAAUUGAGAUGCAAUCAAAUAACAGGGUAUCUAUUUAAAAGUUCUAAUCACAUUCAAUAAUUAUUUUGACACCAUGCCUGGACAAAUUCAAAGGGUGCCAUUCCCCCCCCCGUAAACUAUAUUACUGCCUAUGCUAAACUGUUCUUAGACCAUUUAUUCAGAAGUGGUUCUCACUUAGUACCAAAGGAAUUAUUCCCAAGUAAAGCAUGUAUAUGAUUACAGUCUUAAGUGCUCUCAACAAUCCUUGGAAUGAAGCCUUGUAAAUUACAAUACAAAAAAUUACUUGACUCCCUCUGCAUUUCUAAAACAAAAUUUAAAGUCAAAUAAAGCAAUGUUAAAUGAAGUUCUCCCACAGUAUCUACCAUCUACUAAUUUCUACCAUCUCAGAAAUUACUGUUAAACAUUAUUAAAUGUUCACUCCUGAAAACGGCACAUAUUUCCCCCUCUUCUAAACUCCCCUAAGUUUAAAUGGUUAGUGUUUGGGGGGUUUGUCUGAAAAGUCCUACAAAAGGCACUCACUUUAAAAAGUGCGUAUGCAAUACUCUUCUCUCUCUUGUACUGCCCCAUCGGCAGGAUGCACAAAUCAAACCCUAAAUCUAGCCCUUUCUCUGUUUAUGCUUUUUUCACAGUAUUCCAUUCACCUCACCACAUUUCCAUGUUGAUUUGUGAUUUCUUUAAAAAGUCCUCAUGAAAAUUCAUCAGCAUUUUAUUGCAGAUUUCUCUUUAAUGUACACAUUUUUGUAUGCAGCUUUGUGUAAUAGUCAAAUGUUUGCAAUGAAUUUCCCUAAUGCCAUUUUGUAUGUUAUUUUCAUCAAUACAAGCGUUGUUAUGCACAGUUUCCCCAAUAUAUUCAUUUUUAUAAACAGAUUCGGGUUAGGGAACCGCUUUGCAAAAUUCAGAAAACUCCAAAUUUUGAAGGUUAGAUGAGUUUCAGUUCAUAUAUUGUUUGGGGAAGUGUUGAUUAGGUGGGUUUUGCAUUUUAAUAGUUAGCAUUGUGGCUUCACGGCUUCUGGUUGGUUGGGUUAAAAGGGUUUAAAACCUGGGGAAAUAGGGGAAAGACUCCAUCCCAUCCUCUGUGUUGCUCCUACUCUGAAUUUGGGGGUGUACAGUGGAGAUCACCAUGCUGUGGCCAGCUGUGCUGCGCAGCCUAGUCAUGUCCAACAUUAUUUCUCUGGUGUGUAUUGAAGGUUGUUUAUGCUGGGAGGGUGAAAGUCAUUUAUGUUCGGAUGUUGAAGGCUGUUUAUGCUAUUGCCACCCAAGUCAGCAUGCUGAAAAAUUGUGGGAUGGAGAAAGAGCGAAGGUGGCUGGUGCUCACUGGACUGGUAAGGAGGAAGGCAGAGAUGUCAACAAGAGGUGGAGCAGAGCUAACAACAGGCAGAGCCAACUAAUUCUAUAUUUGCCCCAUCCUCUCCGUGACAAGUUCUACAGAGGAGCAAGAAGCUGUCAGGCAGCUCCACCCCCUAGGCUGGGUGUAAGUAAGUAAGAAGGCAGAUUGGGGCUGGCUGAGAGCAGGCAGCAAUUGGUAGGGCAGUGCCCCACUUGCUCUAGCAGACAAGCCUCCACUGGCAGUGAGGUGCAGAGAGAAAAAUAGAGACAUGUGUGAUAUCUCAGGAAUAGCUGAGAGUAAUGAGGCUGCAAAGAAAUCCAUGGGAGAAGGAAAGAAAAAAGAGGAAUAAUAGAAGUGGAGCUGCAGCUCUCUGGGGUGGUAGAAGGAAAGGAGAAUGUGAUGAGGUGCAAAAGGGAAAAUGAGGCUGUAGAGAGACCUGGAGGUAAAGGGAAAGCGAAAAAGGGAGAAGCUCAGAGAGGGUUACAAACAUGUAUGGUGGUGCAGAGAGAAAGCGAGAAGCGAGUGGACUGGGCUGGGCUGUGAUACAACAGAGCACAGGAUUAAGUAGAGGGGGGAAUGGAAGGAAGGAAGAUGAACAGAAUUAUUUUUUUAAAAAAAGGUGUGUUUUGGAGUGAAGAGAGAAAAAGAAAAGGGUACCAGUAUAGAAUGGGUUAAAAAGAGCACAGUGAUAAAAUUGAAAAAAGAAAAAGAAAAAAACUUUUGUAGUUAACAUAGCCAUGCUAUUCUUGGGUGAGAAAAAGGUUCCUAGUAAACAGUAGAGUGAUUUACGCUGUGCAUCCCUGCUAUAAAUUAAUCCAGUUCAUCAUAUGUUCUGGGCCAUCUAAUAAGGUCACUAUAAAAUUGACAAAUGAUGGCCCUUGGCAGUGUUCCUAAUUGAGGUUUAAUCAAUUUACACUAGUGCCAAAGCCUUUCAAAUAUCCUCCUUUUUGUUUGGAACGGCAGUGAGUGUUCCAAGUGGGAGUGGAAGACACCAUCUGCCUGCAGUGAGCUGGAGCCCCCCACCACCACUUCAUGUUUUGUUUAUGCCACAUCGUUUUGAGGGCAAAAGAUUGGGAAGGAGAGGGGGCAAUUUUCUCAUAAAAAUGUUUCUGCGAAGCAGCCAGGAUAAUUAGUCCUGCUCCAGUGUGAUGCAUCACUGCUACUAUAAUAAAACACACACACACAGAUUAAAAAUGUCAAAAUGUUUAGCUCAACAUAUUCAGCAGUAUUUUAUUAUGUUGUGAACUACCCUGUGAUCUUUGGAUGAAGGGCGGUAUACAAAUAUCAUCAUCAUUACAGUUGACAAUAAUCCAAAGGAGUGUAUAUGCAAGCACACUCGACUUGUUUUUAGAGGUGUUUAAAAAGAAAGACCAAAAACUGCCCCACAGAACUCCCCAGCUGUUCUGUCAACUCUGAGGAAUCUCCUAGGAUUGGCACAAGAGAUCACUGGGACAUGGGUACAUUUAGCUUUUAGCAAUGGCUUGGAGCCAAAGGUAUUUUAAAAUUGGCAGACUACAUUAUUUGAUUUUUGACCCUUAGAGCUUUACAUAAGACGGUUUGAUAUUUACUUACUUGCAUAUUUUCUAAGAUGUAUUAUAUGCUGAUAUUGAGUUACUGAUAUCAAAUGAAUGGACUUUGGUUUUUAGAAGGAUAAAAAAUGGUUUUAGAAGUGAAAGAUUAUAGAAGGGAAGGAGGGAGGGUUGGAGAGAGAAAGAGAGAGAGAGAGAGAGAGAGAGAGAGAGAGAGAGAGAAGUGAAUCCCAUAUUGAAGCUUGGUGAUAGCAGUGGGCCCCAGGUCUGAAGAAGUUGGGCUGCUUGUCCCAUCAGCUCCUAAAAUGAAGUUGUAAUUCAGCAUGGAGGGCACCAUUUUGAUUAGGGCCAUUUCAGAAGUGAUAUUGUCCUGCUCAUUUUGGAAAGUAGUUAGAAACGGGCGUAUUUUAUGUGGAUCACAGGUACAGAAUUUUCCAAAACACAUGUCCAAUAUCUGCAUUUGACUCUCCCAUUAUAGCUGAGAAAUACAUAUUUCUUUGCUUUGCUAAAGUAUGGGAAACAUGUCGCACAGGUUUCUUCUUCCAUAUGCUAACUAGAAAAUCUGUGUAUAUUUUACAAGUCAUUAUUUUCCACCACUGAAAGUUGCAUCUAUUUUUGUUUCAUGUUGGUAUGACCACAUCUGCCUGACUUUAGUCAGCUCUGCCUGCUUACAAUCUGUCCAGGGAAGGGCACAGCCUGUCACCUUCUUCUUCCUUACUCAGAGGCCACAACCAGACCGUGAAGCCCUAUCAUGUCACUUGAAGCAGUUACAUCUUCCGUCAAAGAACUCUGGGAACUGUAGUUUGCUAAGGGUACUGAAAGUUGUUAGAAGACCCCUUUUCCCUCACAGAGCUACGACCCCCAGGUUUGCCUGGGAAGAGGGACUAACGUUGAACCACUUGGGGAAGGGUAGCUCUGCGAGGGGAAUAGGGGGUCUCCUAACAACUCUCAUCACCCAAAACAAACUACAACUUGCAGGGUCUUUUGGGGGAGCCAUGGCUAUUACAGUCAUAUAAUAGUGCUUUAAAUGUAUGAUGCAAAUGUGGCCUCAGUUAUUCCCUUGUGCAGCUCAGCAGAAAGGAGCAUGGGGAGAAAACUAGAAAAAGUUGGCUCUGCCAAUCAUUGCCCACUGAGAAACUACCUAAUCUGCACCUCUCAAACCAAUAUGUGAACUGAAAUCCAGGUACCCUUCAAAAUUUGUACUUUUCUGCAUUUUGCAAUGCGGUUCUUUAAGCAUAUCAGGUGUACAGAAAUGCAUCUGUGAGAAAAGUCUGCAUUGAAAUGCAUAAUAUUAGAGGAAAUUAGUCAAAACUGCCUACAACAAUGUGCUUAUUAGAGGAAAUUCACACUAAAUUGCACUCUAUUUUUCUUGAGGGUCUUUUAAAAAAUCACAAAAUGCUGCAAAAAUAUGGAGAUAUGAAUUUAAAAUUAGAAAAAUGAGAAACAGAGAGAAACCAAAACUGACAGAUCUGUCCAUCCCAAAUUCUUAAGUUGCAGAAAAUAAUUGUUUGCAAUGUUUGAGGCAUCCUUGAAAUAAAAGUUGUUGCUAGAGGAGGAGGAGGAGGAGGAGGAGGAGGAGGAGGCUGGGGACGGGGCUUCUUCUGAUAAACACCCGAGGCAUCCCUUUUCCAGAGAAAUGAAAGAAUUUCCCUAAUCAUAAAUUCAUGCUUGAGAUUCUAAGGAAACUCUGACUGCAAGAGAACUUGCUAUCCAGAGAGAACUAACUGAAGAAAACCCACCACUCAUAGCAGAAGGGAAAAGAGAAUAUGAGCUAGAGACGGGUAACUGAACAGAAAAUGGAAAGCACCAAACAUUCCCUCUGUAGUUAUAGGAAGACAUUGUUCUAGACAAUCAAGGGGAACGGGCAAUCCUUCCACAGUCAUUAUGGAAGUCUUUAGCAGGGCUUACCCCAUAAGAGGGCAAAGGAUAGAAUUUGGAGAGGUGUCUGUAUAAACAUGUGCACAUUCAUGUUGGGAGGGUUUGAGCCCCAUCCAGCCCCUGCCUGCACCAUCCAACACAGGCUCUCCAUAUUUCCCAGUUCACCAGGUUUCACCGGGAGUCUAUCCAAGCCGGCCAGUGCCUCUUUAGACCAUUACCUGAUCUAAGCAUUACCUGCUUUCAUUUACAAAACAACAAGCUUUUGUCCCUGGUGGAAGCCAAGAGACAAAAUGUGUAUUCUUCCCGUGGGCUUCAUGAGAAGCAAACCCUUUCUCAUUUUUCAGUAUUUGUAGGCAAUAAGUAACACAAAAGCUAUAAUUGACAUUUAUGGCAACACAUUUUUCCAUCCAAGAGAGAGUGGAAGCAGAGAAAGAAAGAAUGAGGGCUGCCAGCCAGUUGCCUGUGAAAAGCUGAGCCUGUGCCAUUUAGCCCGUGAAGGCAGAGGUAACAGAGAAGUGGGCAGGUGAUAGCAUGCCAAGCAUGCAUGUGGCAACAGAGUGUGGUGUAGUGGUUAGAGUGUUGGACCAGGAUCUGGGAGACCAGGGUUCAAAUCCUCACACCUUGGGCCAGUCACUGCCUCUCAGCCUAGCCUACUUCAUAGGGAUUAAAUAAGGAGGGAACCAUGUACACCACCUUGAGUUCCUUGGGUGAAAAGGUGGGCUAUAAAUACAAUAAUAUACACGCCUAUAAUUUCUGUGGUCACCACUUUAAAAAUAACUACUAAGGGACAAGAGGAUAAGGUCUGAGUCCACAUUGAGAGCACAAAUUGUGUGUGUGAGAGAGAUUGGAAUCAUUUCAAGAUCCCCCUUUUGGGGGAACAUUUUGAUGCUGACAUGCCCCAUCCCAUAUAUAUUCACAAGUAUAUUUAUGGUUUCUUUUUCCAAGUCCUAGUGUCCUGCUCCUCUUGUUCUAACGUUUGGGAUGCAUUGGGUGGGUUGUUGUUGCUGUUGUUUUCUCCCACAUUUGUGGUAGUAAAUAAGAACUUGGUGGUACAGAAAGGGAGUGUGCAAAUAAAAAUGUUUUUGAUACAGGCUUGAUAUGACUUUCUUUUUAUAAUAUUCCUGAAAUAUUAAGCUGGGGGAGCCUGCAAGUGUGAGAGGGAGAAUGUUUCCAAGAACAUAACGAAAAUUAUCCAAAGUAGCAUUUGCUGUUUCAGAAUGGUGUUUUCCUUAUUGGACAUAAUAUUUGGGAUUAGAAUCUGUUUCAUCUGCUGCAUAUACUAGGAAGUGCAAUGUUGGCCACUUAAAUGAGGUGCAAAUAAAUUCCAGAAGGGGAUCUGUGUUACAUCUCUUGCAGCAAAAAUGAAACAGACCUGUGGCAACUUUAAGGAUGCAAUCCUAACCCAAUUUAUCCGAGAGUAACCAGCAAUGAAUUCAAUGGGGCUUACUUCUGAAAAGACAUGAAUUGUGCUAUAAAAGAUUUAUUAUGAUAAAGGUUUUGGCGGACACCAAUCUACUUCAUCAAUGCAUGAAAUAUUAUUCUCAAUCUGUAGGGUGUGAGAGUGUGGGUGAGCUACAACAGCACUACUGCAAAUAAUAACAGAACAAGGUGAAAGCAGUAAGGAAACAAUACAACUUUCCCAUUGGAUUGGAAAUCAACAUGUUUUGCUUGGGUAGUGCAAUAAUUUCCUUAGUGUUCAUGAGGAUCUGAGCACCGUAAUUUUUUUUAAUGGUUAAGGUGCAUGCUACUGUUAAGUGGGUUUCAUUCUUCAGAUGCUUGACCAUAAAAAAUCCAGAAGCUACUUCUCCAUUUUUAUUUUGUAAAAGCACUUAAGAGUGUCCAGAUCAAGAGUAGAAAGAGGCAAAAAAAAAAACCAAAAUGCUCCCUCCUAUCACCUCCUCUUCCCCCAACAGAUAUUAUGCUAUUCAAUAUACAGUGGAACCUCUACUUACAACCAUAAUCCGUUCCGGAGGUCCGGUCCUAACUAGAAACAUACAUAAGGAGAGGCACACUUUUCCAUAGAAAAGUGAAUUGAUCCAUUCUAGACAAUGAAAAACACCCCCUAAAACAGCAAUUUAACACGGAUUUUACUGUCUAAUGAGACCAUAGAUCCAUAAAAUGAAGGCAAUAAUCAAUGUACUGUACUAUAAAAUAAAUAAGACAGUAUUGAGGAUGAAAAAAAAUAACAUUUAUGUUUUUUCUUAUGGGCACUGAUGAUACAGUAGUCAUUGUUUGGAUGGGGGAGAGGGGGCUUUUAUCCAUUAUGCAGUCACACAAUCAACCAGUAGCUGAAGUGGGUGCCACACAGUCACAAAAACAAGUGCUUCGCAGCCGGCGGACUGAGCUCCGGCUAACCAGAGGCCUCUCCCCGGCCGCAGAGGCCCCAGCGCUGCCCCACAGCCGGCCAGCCGGCCAGCAAGGCCUCUGUUUGUAUCUAGAGGAAAGUUCCUAAGUCGAAGCACCUACUGAGGGUUGUAACUGGAAUCGUACGUAAGUAGAGCCGUACAUAAAUCGAGGUUCCACUGUACUCUGAAAAGCAACUUGAGUUCUGAAGUUCCCAUUGAAAUCAAAUAGGCACAUGCAAUCCUUAUGUUCCAUUGCCUACCAAAAACCUAUUUGUUUUGCCAAGCAUUUUUAGAGAAUUUGCUUCAGUGCUGGUCAUUUGUUCUGCAUUUUGAAAAUUUAAUAUUUUAAAGAUUUAAAAGUUUUAAAGCUUUAAUGAUUUUGAUGCUUGUUAAGAGUUGGAGUUUACAAAUAUCCGUUAAAAUGAAAUUUUAAAAAACCUACAAACAUAACUUACUGCUUUUCAAAAAAUUAAGACUGCUUAAAAAGCAGCUCACAGGCAGAGAGCUAAACUAGUUUAACUGGGAGGACAGGCUAUAACUGUUGUGUGCCUUCUCAGCAUAUUCUGAAAGAAAAGCUGCUUCUGCCCCAAAAUGUGUCUGUGAUGGCUCUGCAAGCUUCUGUGUGUUCCCUUUUGGGUGCCUCUACACAGGCAAUUCCUUCUUGUAAGUAGUGGCUGGUGCCCAAUGGGGCUGGCUGGGAAGAAGGCAAGAAGACCAACAGGAGGUGGAACAAGAGCCCCUGACAAGCAAAACAGACUCCAUCCUCCUCCCUGGAGUUCUGCAAGAGCUACAGUUAGACUAAGGAAGAGGCAACUAACAAGAAGUGCCACCUACCGGCUUGGCUGUAAGAAGGCAGGCAAGGGAGAGCCGGGUGAAGGCAGGCUGUGCCCCCCUCCUCUUAAGAGACCAGCCUCCACAGCUAUCCACUCGGGCUAAGCAACUCCCUCUAUGCCAAAGUUCAACCAUUCUGAUCUGCAUCAGUUUCACAUCUGCUAUCUAUCUGUUUGUUUGUUUGUUUGUUUGUUUGUUUGUUUGUUUAUACAUACCCCGCCCAUCGGACUGGGUUUCCUCCUCCCACUCUGGGCAGCUCCCAACAGAAUUAAAAGCACAAUAGAACAUCAAAUAUUAAAAACAUUAAAAACACUAUCCAUAAGCCUUUUCUGUCAUGUUUCAAGCUUAAUCUUCAUUUUUUAAAAUAAAAGUUGUGUUUAAGUACAUGUUUAAAUGCUAUUUAAAAACAAUAACACCAUAUUUAAAUAUGCAUUUUGUAUAAUUUUGGAGCCUCACUCUUGCAUCACAAUAUUCAGAGGAGUAUGAAAUCCAAGUGAUGAUAAAACAUUAUGAGAUGCACAAUAGUCCAGGAAGUGCAGAUCAGAUGUGUUUUAAUUGCAAUUGACAGAAUCAAAUUAAGCAUCCUUACUACCCAAGGAACAGCAAAAAUGUGGUACAGUCAGUUUUUAGGUCCUCAAAACCAGCUUCGCCCUGUAGCUGGUAAAGGCAUCCCUGUCACUGAAAAACAUUACAAAAUGCAUCUGUAGCCUUGCUAUAAUGUUUGAACAGAGCAGGAGAGGAACACUUUGCUUGCCAGUAAAAUCAUCUUAUUGUGAACUGCACUGGCUCAAGAGUUGCUGCUUGCCUUGCGGUACUUUUCAUGUCUUUUCACAAAUUGCUGUGAUUCUACCUUUAAGCUUUGCUUUGCUUUGUUUCUUUUUAAAUGAAAGGCAGUACAGUAUAGGAAUAUUUUAAAUAAAUCAAUAAGUCAUGAGAAAUGAAAAGCAAACCAUCAUGAGACCAGGGCUAGCCCCUUCCAUUUGUCCACAGGUGGGGAUCCUCUGGCCUGCUAGGCUUCAGAGCCUGUUUUGGGCAAAACCAUGCUCAUCCUUGCCAGGCCUGAUGUGAGAUAUAAGUCAGCAAGCAAGGGGUGGGUGAGUCAAAAGCACCAGGGAAACAACUGCAAUGAUUGCCCUCAACAAGAAAUGUUUAUCCUGUUGUAUUUACAGCCCGUGAGUGUUUUCCUUAAAACUACUGAUACGUUCACAUGAGAAUAAGUGUUAAUGGAUGACCCAAAAUGAAGAUCCCUAAUGUCCCUGUUUAGAAACCUGAAUUUGAGCUCAUCAAAUCCUGUUGUUGGUGUCUCUUAAACAUCAGCAGAGAAUCCUGUAGCAAAGCUCAUCUGUAGCUUAAUCUCUGUUGCUGUAAAUUCCAUUUAUAAAACUAAUGCAACUAAUUGCCUCUGGUUCACUGACUUUUCUCCUGGUGCUGUCCCACUCUUAGCUCCUCCAGAAAAAUAUAUACCAGUCUUUUGGACUGGGGUUCAGAAGCAUGCCAUUUAUCAUGAAUGACCUAGCAGUACUGAAGCGUUGGGGCCAGUAAUAUUAGUUCUAGUUAAGAAAGAGAAUGUGUGAUAAAAUGAUACAAAUAAAUACUUCCAAGCACCAGAGUAAAGCCAUGGAGCCAAUACGGCAUUAAUUCAAAAUGGAUCCCUAAGAGAACUCAAGUCAGUGUAUAAGCUGAAAUGAGCUCUUAGCUACUCAACUGUAUCCUAAGGGUAAGUAGCAAAUUAAAAUUCAUUAUUCAUUUUAAUUGAGGAUGAUUAUCAGUAUUUUAGGAGACAUACUUCAAAGUUCUGUUAUUCCCUGUGCAUAAGAAGUGGAUGCUAAGAAAGCAGGGCUCUCUCAAGAGAAAAGAGGAACAAAUGAAAGAAAGAAGGUGCUUCGGAGACACAUUGAGCACGCUCGGCUCUGAGCAGUUUAUUCUUGGGCCAGGCAGGAAAGACCUAAAUAAAAAGACACGAGGGCCAUAUGCGGAAUCACAUUAUGGGGCCAGAGACGUGUCUGACCUUUAUGCCACAUUAAGGAUCUCUCUCCAAUACUGUUAGGAGCGUAGGAAACCGGGGAGGGGGGGCACAGGGGGUGUAGGGCAUCACGGAGGUUGCUGGGCGGCUCAACAACUUUGGGAAAUCUCUUUUAAAAAGCUCCACCCCAGACACCAGCAGGGGGUGCUGUUAGUCUUCCACCAACAUUCCUAUUGGUCAAUUGACUGACUGACACCAACAUGUGAUAAAGAAGUCAAGGAUGUGCUUCAGUUUUAAGCAGAUUCCAUUCUUUCUGCUGGGUAGUGAAGCUUCAAAGGAAGCUGGCUUUUUGUGGGGAGAGCACAAAUUGUGAAAUUUUCAGACUUUCAGAAAUCUCAAACCUAGAAAAGGUUUGAACUUUUUCUUUCAUUCAUUUUUAAGCAUCUUUUUUGUUUCCUGGGUACUUUUAUUCUGAUCGUCUAUUUAUAAAAAUGAUCCCACCAAGAUUGCAGGAUAUCAAAGUGAAAGGUUGUGAAGGGUCAGCACUGCAGGGGAAAGAGGGGGAGCCUAGAAAGCACGCCAGUGCGAGUAGAUAAAUAGGCACCACUGCGCCAGGAACGUAAACGGCAUUUCGGUGUGCUCUGGCACUCGUCACAGUGUCCUGUUGUGCCAGAUGCAGUUUAGUCCUGCUGGCCACAUGACCCAGAAAACUGUCUGUGGACAAACGCCGGCUCCUUUGGCCCGAAAAAUGAGAUGAGCACCGCACCCCAUAGUCACCUUCGAGUGGACGUAACCAUCCAGGGGUCCUUUACCUUUUUACCUAAUCAGUGCUCACCGCCACCCAUUUUCUGCCCUUUCUUAAUAGAUUUCACUGCAAGAUAUUGGGAGCUCUAACUUCAAUUCCCUUCUUGGUUCAGAUUUUUGCACAUUCAAAUUUUAAACAGAAAAUGCCAUCUCCUAAAACAGACUGAAUUAAAUUGUCCUAAGUAAAUAAUUAAUAAGAAUCAGGAAAUGAAGCAAAAAGGUCAAAGUCAAAAAAGGGUCUUAGGUAUUCAUUUCCAAGUGUAUUUAUUUACUUUAUCCAGGAAAGCGCUUUACUGCUUUUGAGCUUGUGCUCCUAAAUUUAGUGUACACCUUCCUAUAAAUCAAGGAAAUGUUAAGCUCUCAUUUAAAAAUACCACAAAACUAUGCAACAAAAUACACUGGUUGCUUGCUAAAGGAACAUAGGGAAGAAAUGACAUAGACUUCCUUUGAAAUAACAAAUCCCAUCUAUAGGCCUCAUUUGUUUGGCAUCCUUCUUCUGGCACAAGGCAUCUCUGAGAAGAAGGUGCUGUUCCUAUGAACAGUCUGAGCAGCACAGGACCCGAGGUCAGUCUAGGCAGGCUGCUAGUGGGGGCAGAGAGAGGGAAGAUGGAGAGAGGCAGCUUAAUCCUUUCCCCUCUGGUCAUUUUCAGAUGGAGAGAAUUUUUAAGGCAAUAAUCAGUCUGGAGUCUAAUAAGCCAGAAGUUGCUUAACCCUUUUCUCUCUGGUCCUUUUCCAACUCAUAAACUCUCCCCCACAAUGUUUCUUCAUCUUGAUCCCCACUUUUUCACCUCCCGGUACGUAAAAACACAGUUUGGAAUGAUUAUGAGCUGAAAAAUAACCAGCAGAGAGAAAAGGGUUUUGUAGCCUCUGUCCAUUCACUCUUCUUCUGACCAAUCUCAAAACCUGGGUGAUUUUUUACUCUGAGGUAAAAUAAUGAUCUCAAUGUAAAUGUUGUUUGACCUGUUUCUGUGUGAUCACGCCCAUUCCCCAACUCUGAACUGGGCUCCAAAUGUCAUGGUUUUAGGCAAAUGACAUUUAACACUCACAGAGAAAAGCAAAUCAGUUUAUUUCUUGGGCUUGUAGGAGGCAACCUAUCUUUGGCAAAAAGCCUUCACACUUUCCAAGAGAGUUAUAGAGAUGAAGUUGAGAAGUAUGAGCAGCUGGUACUUCACAAAGCCAAUAAGAUUUAAGAAACAGAAAUAAAAUAUGGGCUGUAGCAUGAAGUGUAAAUCCAGUAUAUAAUAAAUUGUUGCAUUCUUACUAAAGUAAAUAACUAUCAUUUUUAACAGCAUCUUAAGAUCUAACUGAUAAUGCUUCUUUUCUGUACAUGUCCAUGUUGUUGAUAUUUUAUUUAAGCCUUCAGUGAAACUCACAUCUUAGCUAUAAGUAACCUUUGAAGAUACUCUUCUGCGGAAAAGUCUGCUGUAGUCUAAAAAUAAGGGACUAUGGUGUCAGGAAGAGAACCUACUGAAAUCAGAAAUAGAAAAGGUCAGUUGCUAUUUUGAAAGCUGUGUACUAUAUAACUCCAGUUUUGACAUGAGCACUCUGCGCCACACACUGUCAUUUUCCUGCAUCAUUGCAUUAUACAAUCCCUAUGGAACUCAAAGCGGGUGGAGGGUCACUUUUCAAUCAUCUAGGAGUCACUUCCAUGGCACAGAUUGUAACACUGGAAGAAUGUAUACCACAUCUUCCUGCAAUUCAAAGAGCAAGCCAGCAACCUAAGUCUGAAGCAUGUUGAGCUGAGAACAAUUGAAAUAGCGUCCAUUUAUACCUGGUGUGGUCAUGAUAUGGAGAACUGUCAAUAUGUACUUCCACAUCAUGUGUGAACAGACCAUGAUGUCACUGACUUAGGACAUUUCCACACAAUGCAGAAGCACUUGUUGACUCUGUACAUUAGUGCAGCGACUAAAGUAAGGCAUCACUCUAGCCCAUUUUAAGCAUUGCCUGUAUAGCAUAUAGAGAGUCCAGACUUAUGAGAAGAUAAAGUAAAGGGUAAAGGGACCUCUGACCAUUAGGUCCAGUCACAAACGACUCUGGGGUUGCGGCGCUCACCUUGCCAAGGGAGUCGGCGUACAGCUUCUGGGUCAUGUGGUCAGCAUGACUAAGCCGCUUCUGGCGAACCAGAGCAACGCACAGAAAUGCCGUUUACCUUCUCACCAGAGCGGUACCUAUUUAUCUACUUGCACUUUGACGUGCUUUCGAACUGUUAGGUUGGCAGGAGCAGGGACUGAGCAACGGGAGCUCACCCCGUCGCGGGGAUUCGAGCAGCCGACCUUCUGAUCAGCCAGUCCUAGGUGCUGUGGGUUAGACCACAGCGCCACCCACGCCCCUUAUGAGUAGAUACAGGUAUACUAUAAAUCCUUGGCACUUUAUAUUUCACGGGUAUGAUUUUGGAUAAAAAUUGAAAUGCAAGAAUUGGUCCUGGGCUAAGCUAUGAAAAAUGUGAACCCAGGUCACUUUUUACUGAAUGCCACAAAGGAGAGUCAUAGAUUGUUUCUCUGCUGAAUAUAAUGUAAGAUCCCUUUCUUCCCCCAAUGGCAACAUAGGCUGGAUCUACACUGACCUAUUUAAUGUUAUUAGAACCAUAUUAGAUACAUUGUUCUAAAAUGUCACUUGUAAAAUAAAGCAUUUAUUACCUUUGUUUUUUUCACCAAAAUGCUGUCUCCCUACUCCUGGUUGCACCACCCUCUUGUGUCACAUUUUAAUAACACAUUCUGAAUGUUAAAAGUAAGACGUUAUGUGUUAUCCACAUAUGUUAUCCAAACCAUUCCUUAACCCUUCCUGAACAUUAAAAACCUUAAGUGUAGAUUCAUCCAUAAUUUCUGAUAUUAGCACUGUGACCCAUGAGAUGAAAUUAAUGCAAAAUGAAACAACUAGUGUACGAGAGCAAUAGAAUAAAAUUUGAGAGGAUUGUGGUGGGAGGGGGAGAGAAAUAAGGACAGAGACAUACUGGUUAAGUUUGAAAAAUGCAAGAAACUGGAGAUGCCUGACGUUUCUUUGAUGAAGAGAUAGGUGUUCCCGUACUUAACCGGGAUGAGCUUGCCCCACCAAACCCCAUAUUUUGGGCUCACUGGGGCAGGGAGUGACCCAUCAAGAGGCAGCGGACUGGAUGAUCUUUAAGAUCCCUCCCCACACUCCUUGUCCACUUUGCCUCUGCAGCACGGGAGGAGACCUUUUUCCUUUCUCAGCAUUUCCAUUUCUCCUCACUAGCUCUGUUUGGGAAAGGGUUACUCUUCUCCAAGAAAGAAAGGGAAAAUAACAAUCUGAUAGUGAAGACUCAUCCAAAUGAUCUGAAGAAAAUAAUUUGAGUGUUAGCUGCUGUAGUUCUACAUAAAGAAAGUAAUUCUAACCAGUGAACAAGAAGUUUUGUGGUGAGUAUGCUCCAUGGCCAACAUAACGUGGGGAUUCUGAAUAGCAGGAAAUAUGGAUCAUGGAGACUUUAUUGGUUGAGGCACCAGGCCUCUUGACGUGAUAGAAAGUUGCAUUCAUUCUGAAGUGUCUGGGUAAAAACAGAUCUCUGCUCCUCUUACCCGCCCACCCACUUUAACUGGCAUGUGUUCUGUUGUUGGCUAGUCUAUGAAAAAGCUCGCAUUAACUUGGACUCUUCAUCUCAAGCUUUUUUGUGGCUUUUUCAAAAGACCUUUCAGCCCACUGUCUUCCAUUCGAAGACUAAUCCCUUUCUCUCUUUCAUCAAUGCCAACUAAGCAAGCAAGCAGCCUCCGAUGCUUAUGUAACUCUAAUCAGCCCACAGAAUGAGCUGUCAGACUCGGGUCCCCUGAGUCCAAGCACAGCCUUUCUUUGAUACAUUCCAGCUCUGCUGGCCUGGGGCACAAGAAUCUCAAGUCUGCCUUUGCACCUGGCUUGCUUUCAGAUGCCAGCACACAGAGCCUUGCUGGCAGCGGCUGCUUCUGCUGCCCACCCUAAGGCUUUGCACACCUAGAUGGAGGUUUGCCAUCAUCCUGAGGAACAAGGGGCACAUGCACAGAAAGCUAUGAUGUGGCGCGGCAGAGGGCUUUAACUUCAAAAGCUGCUGAACCAACUUAUUUCAAGAUAACUAACAUUUAUGAGACAAAAUAGUUUAAGAGGAGCAGUGCUUCAAAGGUGUAAAUAUUAGCUAUGCCAAUCAAUAAUAGUGCAAGGUGGUUGUUAAGUGGUUUUGGCUACUUUGUGGAGGUUGCUUGGAAUUCUCCGCAUGAUUUCUGUUAUUGCUUGGAAAGCUGUUUGUAUGCAGUGGCUCAAUGGCCAGGAUUUUGGAGGUUUGAUUGGAAUUCCAACAUCUUGCCCUGUUACCAAAAAUUGAGAUUUUUUAAAUUUCAAAAAUACUAUCAGUGCAGAUCCAUUUGAGAUUGGGUGCAUGUGUAGCAAGGAGUGCAUAUGCGCACUGUGAAUGUGAACCUGGGCCUACAUUGCUGCCAUAGGGAAAUCUGUCCUUUUACAAGAAGCAUGUGAAGUGACUGGGAUCACUUCGCAGGGUGCAUUGGGUGAAACUAGAAUGGUACUUGGUCUCACAGUGACCACAGAUCCUAAAAUAUGUAUCUAUACUUUACAGUCUUUAUGGGACACAAACCUGCCUAUACAGGGGGCUGGUGCUUGGCGGCCCAGGUGUCCUCAGUGGCAUUGAGUGCCUCUUGCCUGCCAUCUACAUGGGUUGCCUGGGACAGUGAUCCCUGCUCUGGGGACCUCCCAGCUGGAUUUCUGUACUGUCUUGUAUGGCGUGUUCUCAUUAAAAGAGAGCCCGUGUUGCGCUGGGGGCCAGCCAAGCCACCCCUCUAUUGCCAGGCGGGUUGGGGUGGUUGGUCUCUGGCAGGGAUUGGUAGUUUGAGUUGCUGGGGUAAUUCUGAUGUUGCUAAUUAGGGGGAAGGAACAGAGGUUUUUUAAGCAGUGCACACAGCGUUCAGUUUUCUCUUUCGCUGCGUGCACCGGAUCACCCGCCCUCCCUCCCUUAUUUUAGGUCUUGUGUGUUGACCUUGCUAUGCCUGUCAUGGGGUUGUCUGCCGUUGGGGCAGGGGCCUGGUAGGAAUUUUGUCCAUUUGGCUGAUUGGCCGGUGCCAUUUGGUCUUUGCCUACUGCAUAGCAAAUCGUCACAACUUGUAAGGUUGCGGUUAGGCAUUGGUUAAAAAUUGGUUGGAGGAGGGGUAAGGAUUGGCUGGGCCUGCCCCUCCAAUGCUGCUGCUGCAGGGGAAUUCCGUUAAAGGAAUUCAGGGGCUUGCCAUGCUUUCGUCCAAAUCCCUGGAAUCGAGUUUGGCCCGCGUAAGCUCCUGGGAGCAUGCAGGGAGAAGGUGAGGGCCUGUGGCACAGCUCCAGUUUCUCCCCAAUAUUGUUUCCCCUUACUGACUUUCACUGGAAUCCAGAAGUCAGUUCUGUCCCCAGGCAGGGGGACAGAUAGUCCUAACCAAUGCCUAAGCAACCACUCACAUCCAUGUAUGUUAAUAAAGUUGUGGCCAAAAUUAUGCCAAAAACCUUAAACAAAAAUUCUAUGUGAUGUGUGUGUUAUUUUUUGGUGGGGGGAGAGUAUCUUGGGGACCUUGACACGCAAGUGGUGUUGUCCCUGAAGAUGACUUGAAGUAGAACUUGGCUUACAAAAUUAUGGCUGGUUUAGCCAAGUAGAUUUGGAUUACACAAUUUAUUGGACGAACUGCAUUGUCUGCCUGUUCACCUCAAAGCCAAAUCCAGGAGCUGGCACCUACCACUGAAUUCAUAAAUGGCUUGGGACCCAAAUGCCUAAUGGAACAACUCUUCCCAUAACAGUCUGCCCAUGUCUUAAAAGUCUUCAUUUGAGGUUCUUCUCUGAGUGCCUUCUUUAGUGGAAGUAUGCUAUACAAGAUGAUCUUUGGUGCCAUAAUUAAAAUCUUUUCAGUGCUAAGCCAAGUCACCCUUUAUUUGUCAUGGAAUUUUUAAUGUUUAUUCUGCUUCAUUGUGCCUUAUAGUUUUUGCUGCUUCUCCAUACACAUGUUGUACUUGGUAUUAAUAAUUUUUAUUUAUUUCUCUUUUAUACUGCAAUGCAUAUUUGAAUCAUUAAUAUUUUAAAUAAAUGGAUUAAUUAAAUAAUGCAUACUUCCAGAUCCAUGAGCUGAGCUGAGCUGAGCUGCUUCUCUGCUCAAAAUGGCAAAACGAGUGCCAUUUUGAGCAGAGAAGCAGCUCAGCUCAGCUCAGCUCAUAUUGAGUGUCCUUGUUGUGUCUUACUGGCUUUUUCAGCAGUUGUGCAAUAUGGUAGAAUAUACCGGUAGCUAUUGUACUAUAUUGCAGAAUGUCUCAUUCCCUGUUUUCCAGGGCUCCUGCAGACAACCUAUAUAUUGAGCAUUCAUCCUGUUUUGCUUGUAGAAGUUAGAUUAUAUUCAUUUUUUAUUGAGCAUUCAUUCUUAUUGAUUUGCAAGGAGCAAGCUUCCUGAAUUUAUCCUGAUUUCCUUUUGGGGUGUUUAUAAGCCAUUCAUUCAUUCCACCCUUUUCAAAAAUGCAUUUCCCCAUUACUCUCCUGACCACAAAAGAGUCUGUUACUUUUUUAAAAGUGGAUUUGUUGCAUGGUGGGGGAUAAAGCAGUUUCGUCCACUUUAAUUGCACAAGUCUACAUUCCCCAAUAUGGGCUUGAAUCUCUUCCACUUCAAUUUUUCAGCACUUGCAUUCCACAUGUACUUACUGUUAGUUGCUGUUUUGCCAUCACUUUAUGGCCACAGGAGUGAUGUUCAAGCAAGAUGUACAACCAAAGAUUUGUGUUUGUUGUUGGCUGAUUAUCAGGUUAUGUUAUUUGACCCUUGCAAAGACAAAUUAAUAGAAAGUGCAAGUAAUAAAUUGCUGCUUCUACAUUACUCUGAAUUGUUUAUUCAGAAUUCCCCAAAAUGUGCUCCUGGCAGUGGAGUACAGUACCACUAAAAAAAAGUGCCCAGUGUGUUGUAGCAAUGGAGAAAGUGUUCUUGAGACUAUUGUUCAGCUGCCAGCUCAUCGUAUGGUCACUGCAGUAAAGGAUUAUCCUCAUCUUUACUAUUAUCCUAGUAUUACUAGAUAACAUUAUUAUUUAAUUCUGUCCUGCAUUCUUAGCAAAAGAAAACAUGAUUAGAGCAAUGUAAAACAAAGUAUAUUUAAAAUAAUAAUGAUUGUGAAGCAGAGUUUCUUCCUUUUUGUUCCUCUUUCUUAGACCGAAUUGCACAGAAUAUCAUUAAGUCCCAUUUGGAGACAUGUCAGUACACAAUAGAGGAACUACACCAGCUGGCCUGGCAAACCCACACAUAUGAAGAAGUCAAAGAAUACCAGAGCAAGGUACCAAAAAGACAACUCACUGUAUUAGGCUUCUAUAUUCUUGUCAGAUGGGCAGCAUAUAAGUUAUUAUUAUUAUUGUUAUUACUCCUUCCUAAUCACUGUUGUUCUGUGCAUUAUUUCUGCCAAUUAAUUUCUGGAUAACACACGUGAGGACAGCACUUUUGAAAAAUGACAUUUUAAAACAGGAGCAAUGUCUUAGGGAGGAAUUCAGUGGAGCACUAUGGCAAGCACCAACACACACAUCCAAUAAACAAAUAAAAUAACAGACCCUCCAAGUGUCCAUAUUUUCCAGGGACAGCCCCAGGUUUACAGAAGUCUUCCCGGUUUCUGAUUUGAUACUGGAAUGUCCCACUUUUCCUUAGGAGAAAUGUUUCACUGGAGAAAUGUUGGAGGGUAUGGCGUUUAUGUGACACCCCCUUCCCCAAGCCAAUGAGAUGCAACCUUUAGAAGACAUCAGAAGGCAGCCCUGGAUAGGGAAGUUUUUUAAUGAUAAUGUUAUGUUAUGUUUUUAUAUAAGUUGGAGGCUGCCCAGAGUGGUUGGGGCAACACAGUCUGGAGGGUGGGGUAUAAAUAAUAAAUUAUUAUUGUUGUUGAAUAGGACAUCCCUUCCCAGUAGCAGCAGGGUUCCUUUUCCUUUUAGAAUAAAGUUUUAGCAGCCAGCUGGAAGGCUGGCUCAAUGGAUGCCAAGGGGCGAAUCUGAGGACUCCAGAGCACCCACAAGCACUGCACAAGGAACCCAGUCAUAAACAGGCACUGGAGCAAAAAGAUGCUCCGUGUGUUAGAACAAGCCUUGCUCAAGCAGGUUACAUCAGCCACUCUUGGGGCUUUGCUCCUUGUCCUCUUCAGCUCUGUGAGGGAACAUGGCAGAAAAGACAUGGGAACUGAGUCCCAUUGGUGGAUUCGUGUUGUUCCCUAAAAUUAGCAGUUCCCACAUGUGUCAGGGCCUUUUUAUGAGAUGUUGGUGUGGAUCCUCCUCCACUCAGAUAAGAAAGCAUACAAUGGAUUGAUGGACUCAGAUGUCCCUCGAUCUGCUGGUGGAAGUUCAGGGGCUUACUGGACAAAAAGUCUGAAUAAAGAAGGAAAAAGCACAUUCUCCAGAAACCAGGUGAGAGAUGCACAUCUCUGCCUUAGAGCAGGGGUGGGAAACUGGAUCCAACAUAUAGACUGCUUUGACAGGUGUGUGCGGCCGUUUACAUUGGGCAUUUUCAUUUGCUCCCAGUUCUUCCUUGGCAAGUGAUGCUGUCAGUGCCAAUGAGCAGAACAGCACUGACAUCACGCUGCUUUGGGCAGGGAGUGGUUGCACUAUGGAGUUCCUCAGAGGAGGUCAAUUCAGCAGUGAGUACACCCUGAAAUUUGCACCCUGGACUUACAUGAAUGUUUUUGUGUUUAACACCACAAAACAGUCCUAUUAAAUAGUCUUAUUUUUUCUUGCUAUUUUAAUUUAUGCACUUAGUAAUUAUCAUAGUAGGUUAAAGCAUCUGCACAAUGGGUGGUAUUCAACUAAGUUUUUCUGAGAAGACCUAUUAAAAUACUUAAGUCAUGUCACACAUUUCAGUGGGUCUACUUGAAGUAAAGCUUAAUUGAAUACCACCUAUUGCUUCAGUAACCAUAGGAUCUGCACCUAUCACAUGAGUAAUUGUCAUCAAUAUAUUAUUGAUCAUGUGGCUGAACAGCAUACAUUCAUUUCAUGUCUGAAGGAUCAACUUGCUUUAUGAUUACUAUCUGCUCUCCUUUUGCACGCACAUUUCUUCUGGAAGUCAAGAGAAGCAUUAUGGCAGCAGUGUGCAAUCCAGAUCACACAUGCCAUUCAGUACGUGGUGGAAUUUGCAAAGCGGAUAACAGGCUUCAUGGAACUCUGUCAAAAUGAUCAAAUUCUACUUCUCAAAUCAGGUGAGUAAACAGGGAUGGUGUCAGUGUUGCCAUUAGCCUUUAUGACCAAGGGCCCUCCAGGUGUUUUAAACAACAACAGCUGGCUGGGGCUCAUGGGAGUUGUAGCUCAACUUUUGGAGGGGAUCAGGUUGGGGAAGGUAAUUUACUAACAGCAGUAUUUGAGGAACAGAAUUACCAAAGCUUACAGAAACAUUGAUAAAUCAGCUUCAGGAUUCAAACAGGGUAUCAGAUGGGACAUCAUGCUAUGUCACUGAAAAAGCUGGAGUGUUAAACAAUGCCUAAAAUUUGACUAUGACCUAAAUGUACAGAGGAUAUCCCGUUGUACCCCCUUACACCUGAGUAGAAGUGAGAGUUUUAAAAUGCUUGUACCCUUUGAACUCAGUGGGACUUACUUCUGAAAAGACAUGGAUAGGGUUGCCCUGCAAAUAAUGCUGAACUGGAAAAAGGACAAAAAAGACUGAUAAAAUCAACUUCACUACAGAACUGCAUUAUCAUCACUUCAGCCAAGCAGCUAUCUUCUAAUGCUGUUUUUUUUUCUUCCAAUGCCUUUCAAAAAUAAAUAAAUAAAUGCAACAAAAGUGUUUAGAGAACACAAUAUUUUACAUAUAUUUUGUUGGUUUAAAAUUAUAUUCGGUUCUUUUUUCUCUUAAUGAGAUGGGGGAGGGGUGGGAUUUUUCGAGCAAAGCAUGCUGGACAGUUUUUUACUUUUGCAGGACAACCUCAACUCCAAAAUAGGCAAAGCAAGGGCUUGGUGGUCCACAAUACAUUCUCACAAUUGAGUCGUCCAAUACUGUUUCCAUGCAUAUUCAGCCAGCACUGUUAUGAUUAAAUCAGAGUAAUUCUGUGACUUCUCCCUUCUGUGACAGGGGAGAAGCAGCUCAUCCGCUCAUUCACUGCCUUUUUCACAGAAUAUUACCAAAAUCCCACAAUUGCAAAAGAAGAGCUGCAGGCUGGCUUGCACUAGCCAUUGCAUCUAGCAGUGGAGAUCAGGAAUAAGAAUUUGUUUGUGAAUACCUUCUGCUUCCAGAAAAUGGCUGAAUGCAAAUAUCUCAUCAUGAUAUAUCUGUACAGUAACCUUUGCUGUCUUUCCAGGCUGCUUGGAAGUGGUUUUAGUCAGAAUGUGCCGUGCCUUCAAUCCACUCAACAACACUGUUCUGUUUGAAGGAAAAUAUGGAGGGAUGCAAAUGUUCAAGGCUCUGGGUAGGGUGGUUUCUUCAUUGUUUACUCAAGCCAUAAAAUUGUGGUGUGAUCUGGGUAUAUAGUGGUGGCACCUGCAGCCAUAUAUUAUCAAAUGAGUAUCAACUCAUCACCAUUGAAGAUAUUUGAAAUAAAAAGAAUCUGUUAGAUUCCACUAAUUCCCCAGGCACUGCUUGUUUCCAUGUAAGUGAGGUCAUAGGUUAAUAAAACUCUCGUUAAUCUGAACCUCUGAUUGUGUAAUCAUCAUUUUAGAUGCUUCUUCUCCAGCCCUUUGGGUAAACAGAGCUGGGAGAAACAUUAACGCCAUAUUAAGAUUUGGGAAAAGGGCAAAGGAGAAAGAAUGUAAAUCAGGGCUUGGAUCCACUUAAGUUUUUUAUUUACUGUAUAAGGUAUAAAAAUGAUGCUAAUGUACACUGAAGGUGGAAAACCUGAACUGAUGUUUACUCUGAUUGAGCACUAAAGAGCAAGUAUUCACAGGGAAAGCUCAGGGCAAGAAAAAAAUGCACGGACACAGAGCUUUAAAGCACAGGCCUGUGCCUGGAAAGAGCGAGGCAAAGGUAAGUGUGGAUAAGCCCUUAAUUGCACCACCCUUGACUAGUAAUAAUAAUAAUAAUAAUAAUAAUAAUAAUAACUGUACCUCACCCAUCUGGCUGGGUUUUCCCCAGCCACUCUGGGUGGCUUACAGCACAUAUAAAACAUAAGAAAAUGUCAAACAUUAAAAACUUCCUGAUAAAUGGCUGCAUUCAGCUGUCUUCUAAAAGUUGUGUAGUUCUUUAUCUCCUUGACAUCUGAAGGAAUGGUAUUCAUCUGAAAGGAGGGUGUCACUGCUGAGAAGGCCCUCUGCCUGGUUCCCUGUAACUUCAUUUCUUGCAGUGAGGGAACCACCAGAAGGCCCUCAGAGGUGUCUGGGCUGAACAGUGGGGGUGGUGAUUCUCCUCCAGGUAUACUGGGCCAAUAUGCUGCUGUGCCAUUUGUACUGUUGUAUUUCACUGCUUUAUAUCUUUUUGUGAGCCUCCUUUAUAUUACUAUUGUAUGGUAGAAACAAAAUUAAUGCUGAAAUAUAAACUGUGAGAGUAAUCAGAGUAAAAUUAUAAUAAUCGUGAAGUGAUCAAGAACAAAAGGUAAAGCUGAUUCAUGAAAAGGGAUUCUAUUAGUAUCCACUUAUAAGUGAACCUUCAUAAGUGUGCCAAAUAAAUUUAAGCCACAAUACAAGGCACAGGUCUGUACAUUAAACUCCGGUGGAAAUGAGUUGGAAUUAUUUCUUAUCUUCUUAUUUCUUAUCUCUGAACUUUGUCAGCCACUCUGGAGUCUUGUCUUCUUCUUUUAAAGACUGGAGUAAAAGUGCUUUAAAUGAGUAAAUAAGCACAUACAACUAUAUAUUUGACUGGAACCUCAUAUCACACUUAUGUUGUUAUGUUUCAAUCGGGCUUGUGGGAGGAGUUCUUUUCUGACUAUUGAAUUGGACACAACUGAUAAUCUGCUGUAAAGCUAUAACUCAUAACACAGAAAGAUUAGAAAAGUAACUGAAAACAUACCUAGCCUUUUUUGUAGCAUUCAGCACAAUAGUUGGUUCUUUCUCUUUUUGAGUUUUCCACGAGGUUGGAUCCAGUGCUUUUUUCUGGCAUACUCAAGGGUACUGGUUGGAUCCAGAGUUACCUCUAUAGCUGGAAGAACUUGUGAAAGAGCAUGAGAUUCAGCUAAGGUUCCCACUGAAUAAAGAUGAUUUUUACCAGUUCCCCCUUAAGCCUCCCCUCCAACCUACCGUGUUCAUCAGAGUAUGAUGCUCUUUAGCAGUUAUUUCAGAGGUUGCAGAAGGAAAGGAGGAAUCAACAAAAUACAACCAACUUCUUCCAGUAGGAACUUCCCAUGACUGGAGUUUCACUCACAGGAACUCUGGAUUCAAAAUGUUGUAUCUUUAGGAUAUAUAUGAGGCAAGUUGUAUAAGGCCUCAAAUAAAUCGCCCAAAGGCAAUAGUUUAGUUAGCUUCUCAUUUGCACAAGAAAUGGGCCUUCUCUGUCUUUAGUAGCUAUAAGAAAAAUGACAAGUGGUCUGUUGUCCUGUCACUGAAGUACGACAGCAGUGAAAGCCAUGCUUGCUGAACAUCCCUUACAGACCCCAGAGAAAAUAUCCUCAGUUCUCAUGUACUCAUGCUAAUGUUCUGAUCUCAAUCAGCAGCUCUUCAGGGAAGAUUGAAACUACUUUUCCUCAUAACUAUCUCUAAGCACCAAGAAUGUAUGUGUUGUUAGUGUAGGAAACUGACUGGUUCUUCUGCAUGAUAUAUUUGUUUCACUGCCUGGAUGUAAGGGAAAUGGAAGAGAACUGAUGCCCAUUCAUUAUGGACACAUGCAUGCAUUUGAUCACAAUAAUAUUCCUGGGAAAACAUUACAUGUGAAACAAUAUGAUUUUAUGUUGACUUUGUCUUCUGCACACAGGUUCUGAUGACCUCGUGAACGAAGCAUUUGACUUUGCAAAGAAUUUAUGUUCCUUGCAGCUGACUGAGGAGGAAAUUGCCUUGUUUUCAUCUGCUGUUCUGAUAUCACCAGGUAGUUAUCUUCAACAAAUUAUACUUUCCCACCUGCAUCCCAUAGAAACUUCACUAUUUCCAGUUCUUUUCAGCCUAUGCUGGUUACUGUUGUUCUUCACAUAAGUACGUACGUUAAAUUACUGAAUGGGUUUGAUCUGUCUUGUAUUUUGCCUGUAAUUCAAUAAAAAUUACAACUGAAGAGGUUAAGCAUUGAAGCUGGGCUACAUGAUCCCUGACGUUUACAGGAACAAACGGGUAAAUAUGUGCUAGAGCAGGAAUGAGGAAUGGUCGGCCAGAUGGUGAUGGAUGGUGCUAUCACGCCAAACCGUUGCCAUGCUAGCUGGGGCUGACCACACUGUUCUACUGCAUGGCUUGGACUUUACCAUAGUGUAUUAUAUUGCAGUGCUUCUGCAUAGUGGGUAAGUUUAUCCUGAUUCAUGUGGCAGGUUUUUUAAAGUGCGUCACAGCAGCACAUAACCUGGUGACACUUCCUUUUUCACAUGGAAGAGAGCAGCGGCUGAACAACCAGUGUAGGUUGUUGUUGUUGUUGUUGUUAGGUUACAACAAUUAAAACACAAUGUUGAAAACAACCUGAAAUCACAGAAAUGAUGUGGUUCCUAAAAGAUAUACAUCUCAGGUGCCAACAGCCAGCAUAAAGAGCUACAUCUGUUGGAGAAAGAGGCUUGGAAAAGAUUUUUUACUCUCUCACCAGGCACAUUAAAACUUGGUUAGAUUUAAAUCUCACCUCAUCAACCUUUAAACAAACAAUCUGCAUGAAAAUACAGUGGUGCCUCGCAAGACGAAAUUAAUCCGUUCCGCGAGAGUCUUCGUCUAGCGGUUUCUUCGUCUUGCGAAGCAACCCUAUUAGCGGCUUAACGGAUUAGCGCUAUUAGCGGUUUAGCGGCUAUUAAAGGCUUAAAGGCUUAGCGGAUUAGCUGCUAAAAGGCUAUUAAAGGCUAUUAAAGGCUUAGCGGGUUAGAUAAAGGGGGGGGAAAGCGGAAAAAAAAUCUCAAGACUCGCAAGACAUUUUCGUCUUGCAAAGCAAGCCCAUAGGGAAAUUCGUCCUGCGAAGCAACUCAAAAACGGAAAACCCUUUCGUCUAGCGGGUUUUCCGUCUUGCGAGGCAUUCGUCUUGCGGGACACCACUGUACUAGAAUAAAUCAGACAUUUAGUUUUCCAAAUAAUUGAAGAGGUUACUCAGAGUUUCAGGAGUUACAGCAAAAAAAGUCUCCACCCACAGGAAGAAAAGCAAAGAAGAAAAAAGGAUCCAAAUGACUUAAAAGAAAAGAACUUGGUUUCAUCACAAAAGGAUCGUGCAAGCUUUAGGAAAGCUGCAGGGUGUAAAAUCUAUUUUAGAGAGAUUCAUUCACUUGAUUUUUCUUUGUCAGGGAGCCAUUCCACAUGACUCCUUUCAUCCAGGAAGACAGCAGAGAGAGGAAAGGGGGGAUCAAAAGUUGCUGGGAGCCCACUAAACUCCACCCAUUGGCAGCUUGAGCUCAGGGCCCAAGUUAACCCUUUCAUGCAUGCAAGUGUGAGUCCGUAACUGUAUACUGUAUUGCAACAGCAUCUUCAGUAUUUGCCAAAAGCUGCAUAAAGAAGAUGCCAGAUGUAUCUCUGUGGGGAGGGAGUUACACAACUGCCAGAGAGAAUGCCAACCACUUUUAAGAUGCUGAGGACAAUGGAACUACCAAGAGAAACCUCUCUGCAGGGAAGGAGGUGGGCUUUCAGGCAGUGGCAAUUUGCACAGCUAAACCUGAAGGGUGGAAUGGCCAGGCAUGCCAAACUGUGAAACAGGAUUAGUGGAGAAGGAGAAGAAUUGAUGUUACAAGUUACAACUGCUGCUGUGUGCAUGUUUGAAUACAGAACAGGUAUGGCAUACGGACUAUAUAGCCAUAUAACUCUGGAUAUUGUACAGCAAAGUUUCCAUUGCACUUUAAUUCAAUUCCAUUACUAAACUUGUGGACGUUUUCCUGGCAGUUAUUUGAUAUUUCAAGGAUAGAACCAAAGUAUUAUUUUGUUGCCCCUGUUACAUGCAGCAUUAUCUUGAUGGAAUUCAUCAACAGGAUAAUAAAAAGAAAAAAAUGAAAAUUGCAGGAAAGCAGCUAAACCAGGACUGCUCUGGCCACUGCCAAAUAUCUCCACAUAUGAGAAAAUAAGAGGCUCAGAACUACAGCAGAAAAGAUGCCAUUUCUAGUCCAAGAACCAGAAGGCACCAAUCUUCAGUCAGAGCAGGAACUGGGAGAGGACAUUCAGCAUAUUGGUUCAAACCACAUUGCUUGCAAUGGAAACAAACAUUCUUGUUUUCAGUGGAACGUCCUUUAAAGUUAUGUGGUUUCAAGUUUCACAAAUUAGUGUCCCAAUCAUAGACUUACACAGUGGUCUGUUAGAUUGUGUGGUAAGAUUCCAAAACAUCUAUUUUCCCCAGAACCUGCCUAGUACAGCUGUGAUAUGUGAGCAUCUUGCAGGGGCUGGGAAAGCCAUAGGGCAAGGGUAGAGAGGAAUGCAGUGCUACCUGCAGCUAAAGUGAAAGCUAAUAUCAGAUAAACCCAAGUACUAAAAACUUAGCUCUUUUGAGAUGGGGAGCUAAAAUAUUGCACUUCCACCUGAUGGUGGGGUUACAAUGGCCACUUACCCUAUUCGGGUGGAAGGCAGUUGUGGCCUGUUGUGGCAGCCAGGACUCGUGGGCAUGGCCGGACACAUUGCAGGAUGGGAUUGCCCACCAAAUCCUGGGCGCCUGAGGGAGCAGAGCCUCAUGGACUGGGAAGCAGAUGCUUCUUCUCCAGUCCACCAGGGAUGCUUUAAAGCCAACUGAGCCUGGCACCUUCAUCACAGCUGGCAGAAGAGCAAACCCUCCCUCCCUCCUUGCCAUGCUUUUGUCAUGUGUCUUGUUUAACCUUAUUUUGCUUUCCAAGUCACUUGUUUGUUUGUUUUUUUACUAUUCCUUGUUUUACCAUAUUUUCAUUGUAGUUGCUUGUUUUAAUCAUGUUUACCUCCUUGUAAUACCUGACCUUGCUCUGGUUACUAAUGGUUGCCAUAUUUGGAGCCAGGAAGAAAUUUGCCUGCAAACAGGCGAGGUUUUGCCUUUCCCAUAGCAAAACGAGCAACUUUCCCCAUAGCAACUUUGGGCAGGUAAGGCAUUGGGUGGAAUCCUAGUUAUCAAGGUCCCAGUUGAAUUGGUGCAUCACCCUGACCAAAGAUCAGGUGUGUACUCAGGAUACCCUGUUAGAGGGGCCUUAGUGGAAGUCUCUGUCCAGAAGCCAAGUGUGGGGCAGGUGGGAGUGGCCACCUUGGUAGUGUGGCUUCUUGGGGACACCAUAAACCUUGGCACCAUGCUGUCAAGCAGGAGGCUGGAUGGAUAUGCACCCAAUGCCUGAGCAAAAGUCCACCUGCAUCUGGAAUCAAUAAAGUUGUGUCCAUUUCUAAUCCAGAUUGUAGUCUGGUUGAGUUUGUCCUUUAUGCCUUAGCUAUAGCUUCUGCGCAAGGAGGGGUGGCUCUGCAACUGGGACCACAACGCUAUUAACACCUAUUGCUACAAGUCAUCUUUCCAUCUUUCUGGCUUUAGUUUAUGCCUUCAUUUGAAUUUAUUUAUUUCUUUUGGCCAGAUCGGGCUUGGCUGUUGGAACCAAGGAAAGUCCAGAAGCUUCAGGAAAAGAUUUAUUUUGCACUUCAACAUGUGAUCCAGAAGAAUCAUCUUGACGAUGAGACUUUGGCAAAGGUAGCUCUUCAGUACACAAACUGACACUCCUACGUAAAAAGUGUACAGUUAAUUAAUAUUGAUUUUAAUUCCCCCUUUUUUUUUGAUUGGCUAUUAGUGAUUCCGCAGGGACGCGGGUCGCGCUGUGGGUAAAACCUCAGCGCCUAGGACUUGCCGAUCGCAUGGUCGGCAGUUCGAAUCCCCGCGGCGGGGUGAGCUCCCGUCGUUCGGUCCCAGCUCCUGCCCACCUAGCAGUUCAAAAGCACCCUUAAGUGCAAGUAGAUAAAUAGGUACCGCUUUAUAGCGGGAAGGUAAGCGGCGUUUCCGUGUGCUGCGCUGGUGCUGGCUCGCCAGAGCAGCUUCGUCACGCUGGCCACGUGACCCGGAAGUGUCUUCGGACAGCGCUGGCCCCCGGCCUCUUAAGCGAGAUGGGCGCGCAACCCCAGAGUCGGUCACGACUGGCCCGUACGAGCAGGGGUACCUUUACCUUUACCUUAUUAGUGAUUCCAGUGUUCCUGCCCCAAAGGCUUUCUUGUUUGAAUCAAAUAGUUCUUCACACUCCUACCCAGGAAUUUUCCUUGUAUAUCAGAACUCACCAUGUGAUCUUCAAACAUUGCUAUGGCUUCUAUUCCACACACAUGCUAGAAUCUACCCCAGAAUUUAAAAUCUGCUGCAUCCAGUGUGUGAAGGGAUUUGCAUGUAGAGCAAUAGAUUGUGCACUUGGAGCUGUGUUGAUGGAGCUAGAAUACAUGCCCUUUCGCUCCAGCUGAUCUGCUGAUCACAGGCUAAUAGGCACAAUGCAACUGCAUGUCAAGCUUGCUGAUGUUAGCCACCAAUUUAAAACAUCAGUCAAGAUACAUUAUAAAAACUCAAAGAAAAAUAAUUCAGUUUCAAUCCCCAUGCUCUGAUAAUUUGUAUUACAAUUAAUUUAUUUUAUUAAAAAAAACUUAUUAGGCUCUAAUUAAAUUUUACAGCAGAGACCUGUCCCACCGCCUUCAUGAUGAAUUGUUGUAUUCUGCUCUUAGUUUUAUUGUGUGAAUUUGAAUGCAGUUAUCUGAACUUUUUCACUGUAAUUGGAACUGUUUUAUGGUGUUUCAUGCUUAUUAUUAUUAUUAUUAUUAGCUGCUUUGGGUUUAUUUUAUAAAGAAAAAUAACCUCAUAAAGCAGCUGGGCUGAUUUGGAUAAGGUCUUUGGUAUGGCGAAGGGAAUUCCAACGCUUCCCCUCCAUCAGGAGCAGCCAGCAUGACGAGGCCGCAGUGCCCCAGAGCUGCUCUCCCAACAUGGGGAAGCCAAGCCGGUGCUUCCAUCACUGAGCGUGUGCAGUGUUCCUGACCUUGCCACCCCCCUGCCGCACCCCAUAUCAUUUGAUGAGCACCAGCAACACUAGUGUCAGUAGGGCAGCUGCCAGCCACCCCAGCCAUACACACACACACACCAGGGGCUUCUGCUUCCUGUAUGUUAUGGUCCAAGUCUUUCCCAUGGAGCUGCUAUUAGCCAUGGAAAGGAAAAUAUACAGGCAUAGAAUGUGUGCCUACAUAUAUUUGCCUCCAUUGCUCAUAGUCUGCUCCUGUGCCCCAAGGGCACUCAUAGGAAUGUCACAACACAAGAAAGAGGAAAUCAGAAAGCAAAAUCCACACAUUAAAAACACCAGUAUAAAUAAAACUAAAAAGCAGUCAUAUAAAGCUACUGGAGAGAAACAUCAGUAGUAAAGUUUUAAACAUUACAAAUCUGUCAAAUGAAAAGUGUUCUCUGUAGAAACUGGCCAGAGAUGGAGCCUAUUGGCUCCACAUAGAGGAUAUUCCAGAGCUGUAGUGCCACCACUGAAAAGGCAUUAACUCUUGUCCUUAGAUACCUAGUGGCCUAACACAUAAAACAAGCCCUCAGAAGUUGAUCUUAAGACCCAGGUAAUCUAUACGGCAGGUGGUGCUCCUUCAGGUAGCCAGAAAAUAGCAGCUUCAGCAAUGUGAGGCUGUAGAACCCCACUUCCCACUCAGAAGCCCCAACCCAAAUCACAUGCACACACCUCUCUGUGUCAUUUUCAUGCACAGCUGCUGCUUUUAGAAGAAAAUUGCAGUGGGAAAGCCAAUCAGUUUAGAAAUCAGGAUUUCAUGAGACAAUUUCUUUAAGAAUAAACUUUCUCUCAAUUUGCUUCUUUGUCUGUCUUAUAGUUAGUAGCCAAGAUACCAACUAUCACUGCACUUUGCAACUUGCACGGAGAAAAACUGCAGGUAUUUAAACAAUCUCAUCCCGAUAUAGUGAAUACACUGUUUCCUCCGUUAUACAAGGAACUGUUCAAUCCAGACUCUGCCACUGGCUGCAAGUGA